GCAAAUGACGCAUGAGAGACAUCGUUUGUUGUGUUGUAGUCAGAACAAUGAUAGUAUGAACUAGAACGGUUGGCGGUUAGAAUCAUUUUUUCAUUGUGUUUAGGCCAACAUUGGUAGUUUGAAUGCGAGAAGUUCAUGAUGAUUUGUUGAAAAUUGGUGAACACGCGAUGUGUGACGUUUAGAUGCAGUAGCCGCCAUUUCACACGCUUUAGGCCGCUGACGGCACGCACGUUUAAAGAGUCCAAAUGGGACUCAGUAGUGGCAAACAGGCCACUCAAGUCAGGGUAAAACCUGUCAAGAGUGGUGAGGACCAGGAGGUGCCGGAUGACUUUGACGGGCCGCUGUCAGAGAGGAGCUGCCGGGAUGUCUUCUUCCUACUGCUGUUCCUGGCCUUCUGGGGCGGAAUGGGUUACGUGACGUACUUGGCGCUGAUUGGUGGGAACAUGUUCCGCCUGCUGUACGGGAUGGACAGCUGGGGGAACAUCUGUGGGGUCCAGAACACCGCCAUCGGGAACGUGUCCCUCUCCGGACAGGACAUGACGUCUAAACAGUUCCUGUUUUUCUACGAGCUGACAGACGUGGGCGCCAUCUUCGGUACUUCCACGGAUACCGUCAGGCUUUGCGUGAAGAGCUGUCCGACUGAGAACAUCACGAGCGUGGCGGACAUCCAGACACUGGCGCACAACGGCACCACGGUCCUGUGCCGCUAUAACGUACCCAUCUCCAGCUACGUGGCCGACGGAGUGACGUGUCCGACCGUUCCUGUGCCACAAGCUUCCCCGAUUCUGAACCGAUGUGUUCCUGACAGUCUGACGACUGGAGUGGACGGUGUACUGAGCAGUGUGUCGGAUGUCUUCAGCGCACAGACAUGGAAGACUAUUCUGAAGGAUAUCGAACUUUCAUGGCAAGAUGUCCUCAUCCUUGUUGCCGUCGGAUUUGGGUUCUCCAUCGUGAUGACAGCGCUGAUGCGUUUCUUUGCGGCCGUCAUCAUCUACCUGGCGAUCGUGGUGUUCGUGCUAGGCAGCCUGGGCGGCACGGGGUACCUGUGGUACCGCUGGCACUCCGAGAAGACCGUGGAUGCCGACGGACAGAACGUCCAGACUUUCCUCAUCGCUGCAAUAUGCGCCACGGUCGUCACCGUGAUCGUCCUUCUGCUCCUUCUCAUCAUGCGCAAGAGAAUCGGCCUGGUGGUGCAACUGUUCCAAGAGGCAGGCAAGGCCGUGGCCCGCAUGCCCCUGAUACUCCUGCAGCCCGUCUGGACCACCAUUGCGACCCUGUUGUUUGGCGCAUACUGGGUUGUCAUCUUCCUCUACAUCUACACAGCAGGAACCCCUAAUGUCCAGACUAAUGGAUAUGUUACUUUCCAAAGUGACUCUUUGCUGGAGAAACUGGUGUGGUAUCACGUGUUCGGCGGGCUGUGGAUGCUCCAGUUUCUGAUUGGCUGUCAGCACGUGACGAUCGCCGGCGCCGUGGCCACUUGGUUUUUCACCAGGGACAAGAAGAAAAUGCAGUCGCCGAUAAGCAAGUCCAUGGGACGGCUGAUCAGAUAUCACCUGGGCUCUGUCGCCUUCGGGGCCAUGAUUAUUGCGCUUGUCCAGCUGGCCAGGAUCAUCCUGGCUUACAUACAGAACAGACUGAAGGGUCGGGCGGGUGAAGUAGCGGACUUCUGUCUGAGGUGCCUGUCCUGCUGCCUCUGGUGCUUCGAGAAAGUCCUGAAGUUCAUCAACAGGAACGCCUACAUCAUGAUAGCCAUCUACGGAUACAACUUCUGUAAGUCCGCCCAGCGUGCCUUCUCCGUGCUGGUCUCUAAUGCCCUGCGGGUCGCCGCCCUCAACUCUAUCGGGGACUUCUGUCUCUUCCUCGGGAAGGUAGCCGUGGUCGCCGCGACGGUCGUCGUCGGGAUCGAACUCCUGCAGAACCGCACUGACCUGACGUACUACCCCGUACCCAUCGUGCUGGGGGCCAUCGGUGCCUUCCUCAUCGCUCACUGCUUCUUCACCGUGUACGAGAUGGCAAUCGAUACGAUCUUCCUGUGCUUCUGUGAGGACGAAGAGAGGAAUGACGGCGUGACCAAACCGUAUUACAGCAGUGUGGGCUUACGGGACUACCUUCAGAAACAGGAGAGAGCCAUCCGCGCCAAACAGAGCAAGAAACAACAAAAACAACAACAACAACAGGGAUAUGACAAUGAAGGAUAUGAAUAACGAAAUAAACACGCGAGAAAUCAAACCUACUAAAUGUAAUCAUUCUUCGCAAGGCCUAAACGACUGCAAACUUUUCACGUUACAAAUGCUAUUGAGUCUUGACAUGUUGUUGCUGUAGAUACCUAUUAAUCCAGAUAUUUUACGCUUUUCAUGACUUAUGUGUAGUGUGUAUGAACUUAUUUUCGAGUAUAUCAACUACGUCUAACAAGUACUA